GCCAAGGCGCCCGAUUCAGUGCUUCUCGCGGCGGCAAAGUGUUCGUACGUACGGACAGAGUCGGCCCCUAAAACACACAUAGCACAGCACAGAAGGGGUUUACAAACUUGACGGACCAUCCGUGCUGUUUCUGUUGUUGAUUUCGGUCCAUCACACACCAUCAAUCCCGAUUUGUUCCAACUUGUGGUUACAUCCGGCUCAUCCGAGUGACAUUGUAUUCCAGUGUGUCGUGUACCAAUCUUGAAAAGAGACUCUGUGGAAUUGGAUUUAGUAGUUGUCAUUGGGAACCAAUAAAUUUUUGGCAAACACCGUCCAAACAAAAUCACAGAAAUUUUUGCUGAUCUAUUUUGUGCUGUCGUCAAUCAUCAAAUUCUCUUUGUCGUUGAUUAUCGUCGAAUAAAAGUUUGACAAGUGAAGGAAUGGUGUUGUCAGUCCGUUGCCGUUACCGCGUGGCCGGCGUGAAUACAUCGAGCGUGUACUGACCGGUUACCGGAACAAGUUUCGGAAUGCGUUUUUGAACCAGUGCUCAUCUUUUCAAAAAUCAAUAAAAAAAAAAGAAAGAACAAAAGCAGUUUUCGACUGUAUGGGAUUUGUUUGUUUUUCUGUUCUCGUUGUGCGUUUACCUGAAUCGAAACCCAGUUCGAUCGUUAAGUUGCCAUUUUUGGUGAAAAUUAGAAAAUCAGUGAUUUAGUGAUCCACCAAGAUGCCAAGGAAGAAACAGGACUGUCCAAAGCGCAUGAAAUGGGAGGAGGAAUUGGCGGCGGCAGCGGCAGCGCGUGAAGCGGCAAUUGCAGCCGGAUUACUUGAUCCAAAUCAAAUAGUAGAUGAAUUCGAACCCGAUCCGGAUCAGAGCCAAGAUUCCGGUUCGUCUUCUUCGUCACCAGCACGCGAUGACGUAGACGAGGAUGAAGCAUUGAAAGAAGAGAAACCUAAGAAAGGAAGAGCUUCGCCACUUUCGCGGGGAUCCAUGAGCCCCGGCCGAAACAGUCCCGCUCCAAUCAUGAGCGAUCCUACUUCGGCCGCAGCUGCGGCAGCCGCUGCGGCGGCCGCUACCAACCUGCAAAACCUGCAGGCCUUUUUAGCAGCUAGCGCAGCUUUCCCGGGACUAUUAUCUCACGGCGGAGCGGCUGCUGGACUCUUGGCCGGCCUUCCUGGUGGCUUGCAUUCAGCCCUGGCCAUGCAGGGAUUUCAGGGACUACAAGGCCUACAGGGCCUUCAAGGUUUGUUUGGCUCUCUUCCGGCCGCCGCGGCGGCUACCAAACAUUCGACCAAUGUUAUGUCUCCGCCAGCCGGUGCCAUCCCAUCCCCGGGAGCCGGACGCAAUGCUGAUAUUUCCAGCAUCAUGGAUUUCAGCAACAAACGCCCCGCUGGUGUCGGCAUUAAACUGGAGAAAGGAACAGAAUCUGAAAUGGCGGACGACGCCCCUCCAGCACCUCGUCGCAGAGCUGGCGGUGAGUCAUCUCCUUUAGAUUUGAGCUCUUCCGGUGUCCGGAAGCGAGAUCGUUCGUCAGGCGGUUCUACAGCCAACAUCGGCCCGGCCGAGAAGCGCCGUUCCGAUUCGACGGCUGGAUGGAAAUCGGCCGGCGUCCCCCACACGCCCGACGCCUGGAACGGUCACCACAAAUCCGCAAUCGACGCGAAGAGUUCGUUCGUCACUCCACCGGACGCCUCUAAAGCUCUGGAAAGGAUGACGGAAUUGAGUCGCUUGUCGGGUGAGUCGAGAGCGGGCGGUGCUGGAGGAGGCCGUCAGUCGGCCUGGCAGAGCCAUUGGCUCAGCAAAGGAGCCGACACGGCCAAGGACGUCCUCAAGUGCGUCUGGUGUAAACUGAGCUUCGAGACGUUGGCCGCCUUGACGACGCACAUGAAAGAAUCGAAACACUGCGGCGUCAAUGCCAGUCUCAUGUCAUCGGCGUCCAGCGCUUCGGGUGCGGCCGGAUCGGUGAAUUCCUCACCGGUGGCGUCAUCACCUUCGUCUUCGUCACAACCGCAUCAUCACCAACCGCAAGCGUCGCCGUCUUCUCAUCAGUCGGAAAGGGAUCGGCUUCCGGCCGCAUCUCAUACGCCCUCCUCGUCGGCCUCGACGACUCCAUCCGGCAGAGGCCAUCAUCACUCGAGCAGCAGCAGCAGCAACAAUCACGAUUUACUGCUCAAAGAGUCGGGUCAGGUCCAGUUGCCUCGCAAAUUGGUUCGCGGCCAGGACGUCUGGCUGGGCAAAGGAGCCGAGCAGACGCGCCAAAUCCUCAAGUGUAUGUGGUGCGGUCAGAGUUUCCGCUCGCUGGCCGAGAUGACGACGCACAUGCAACAAACUCAGCACUACACCAACAUCAUCUCGCAAGAGCAAAUCAUCUCGUGGAAAGCGGCCGACGGCGAAGGAGGCGCCGCUGGCAGCGGCGGCAAAGGAUCGAGCGGAUCGGGAGCCAAUCACGGCCAACAGCAACAACACCAUCACGGCCAGCAGCAACAGCCGCAUCAACAGCAGCAGCAAGCGCAACAACAAGCGCAACAACAAUCGCACGUCAACGCCGUGCUGACAUGCAAAGUGUGCGACCAGGCGUUCGCUAGUUUGAAGGAACUCAGUUCGCACAUGGUGAAGAACUCGCAUUACAAAGAGCACAUCAUGCGAUCCAUCAGCGAAAGCGGUGGCCGUCGCAGACAGGCCAGGGACAAACGCAAGAAAGCGCUGCCCGUUCGGAAGUUACUGGAACUGGAACGAGCCCAGCAGGAAGCUCGAUCGCUGACUCAGUUGCAGCAGCAGCAGCAGCAAAUGAUUCCGGCCCAGCAUCACCACCAAGCUCUGGUUGAACAACAGAAAGGAACCGGCAACACGGGUCGGAUCAGUUGUGAAAAGUGCGGCGACAAGAUCGAGACGAGCGGCUUCGUCGACCACAUCCGGCAGUGCGUCGGCGGAAGUGGACAGUCGAUGCGCGCAGGAAGCAAGAGCAGCACUCCGUCGCCUUCCGUCGUCGCUCCUAAAUUGGAGACGAUCAACGGGUCCGGCCGCAAGACACCGAAAUCCACCAAACACCAAACGAGCAAUCCGUCGCCGAGGGCCAGUCCGAUGAGCGUCGGAUCGGCCAACGGAAGCGACGCUCCAGCAGCUCCGCCCGCUUCUUCUUCCACUCCGAACAAAGAUGGCUCACCAUCGGUCCUCAAUGCUAUCGAGAAAUUGAUUGAAAAGAGCUUCGACGCCGGACAGGGCGGCAGCGGAGGCAAAGCCAAAACGGCGGCCAACAACGCGACCGGCUCCAACAUUCUGCGCCGUUUGGGCAUCGAUGAGAGUUUGGACUAUUCCAAACCGUUGAUGGAUCCGAUGAUGACCGUCAACAUGCUCCGCCUUUACGGCUACGGCCAGCCGGCUGGCCAUCAAAGAGAGCGGACCACUAGCGAGGCCAGCAGCAGCAACGCUUCGGCCGCGGCCAGCAAUGGUGAUCACUCGUCGCAUCCAGCGGCUCAUCAGAGAGACUCUGGAAAAUCAACUCCGCGAUCAGCCAACGGAGGCGCAUCUCCGCUUCGCAGCCGCAGUCCGAGUCAGAGUCCUAGCGGAGUAGCUCAUCGUCGGAGACGGAAGGACCCGUCUCCUUCGCCCGUUUCUCCGACUAUGGAUGCCGACAUUAAUCCGUCCAGCCCAGCGGCCAGUUCCGUUGUUAGCGAACGCUCGUUGCGUUCCACCACGCCGGCCACCCAACUGAGUUCUCCCGACGUGGCCGGACGCCGCAGCCAGAGCCAAACGCCGACCGACGUCCAGCAACCUGGACGAUCCAGCCUCAACGCCCUAUCGUCCAUGUUCGAAGGACUCUCUUCGGCCGCAGCAGCUUCAUCCUCCGCGGGCGGAACCUCUUCCGGCGGUGGAUUCAAUCCGCUGGCCGCUCUGCAAAAAUUGUGCGACAAGACGGAAACUCACAGUCCGUCGUCCAGCGGCCGGCCGAAUUCUUUGGGCGGCGCCGGGAGCAGCGCAGGCGGAUCGAGCGCCAGUGGCGGCGGAUCUGGCAGCUCUGCAGGCAGCACGGGAACGAAUCCCGGGGCGAUUUUGGCCUUCAGCUGGGCCUGCAACGACGCCGUCAUGACGGACUCGAUCAUGAAGUGUGCCUUCUGUGAUACCCAGUUCAUUUCCAAGGGCGCCUACCGACACCACCUGUCCAAGAUGCACUUUGUCAAGGACGCCGCCGGCGGGAGCGCAUCCGCUCCGACCCCGAAGGCCGCCUCGUCGAGCGGCUCUUCGUCAGUCGCCAACUCAGCCGCUGCUAAACACUCGUCGGCAAGCGGGAGCGCCAAUGCCGCCUCCACUGCCGCCAGUCCCCAACCGCCUCCAGGAGCCAAUAGUUUCGAAAACGAGAGCCCCCAUUCCAAAUUCCUCAAGUACACCGAGCUGGCCAAGCAGCUCUCCAGUAAAUACGUUUGAUGGCCGCCUGUUUUUUUUUUCUUUCACCCGCCCACCCGUUUACCUAUAAAAGAACAGACUACCAUAUUUUUUUUUUUGGUCUUCGCUAAAUGCACCACCUGAUGAUUACACACACAUACAAAAAUGAUGGGCAAAAUGUUGGGUGACGUACCGUGACCGUGGGGGUACCUGCUGCCGCAACUGUGCAAAUGCGCAAAAAAGGAAGAAAACACGUGCGCAAGAGAAAGUUUUCUUUUUUUUUUUUUUUUGCCCAGGAAUUUUAAAGAGAAAAUGAUACAUAAACAAAAACGACGUAAGAAACAAAAAAAAAAACAAAGGCCCCAAAACCAGUAAAGCAAAAUAAAAAAACGUAGAGCAUCUUGUCAUAGGUUUAGAUCUCCCUUUUUAUUUUUUUGGCCUUCCUAUCCUACGUCAUUACGUGUUACAUUUUAUACACGUAGUGAGGCCCUUUUGGCGCUUUUCGUGACUCACGUCUCAUCACGUGCCUCUCUCGAUUCCUCAUCCAUUAGAAAUCUAAAGAUUUGAAAACAAGCAAAAAAAAAAAAAAAAAGAAAACGGAAGAUCAAACAAAUUAAAUAAACUGAGUAAUUAAACACGAAAUGACGUACAAAAAAAAUGUAUCACGCUCAUUGACCGGCUGUCGGUUGAUUUGGGCGAAAGAUCAUCAUGUCACACACACUCACACACACACACACCAUAGCGCAAAGUAUGGCGUUCUCAUUCUUCUUGUUUUUCGUUUCAUCUUCGUUUUUCUUUGCCUCCUUUGCUUAUUUCGUUUAUUGUAAAAAAAAAAAAAAGAAGAAGAAGAAGAAGAAGAAACGAAAAAGAACGUAACAAAAGGGUUGACGUCCAUGUGAAGAGAAAUAUGAUAGAGGAGAAGAGGAGGGCCCGACGAAGAAGGAGGAGGACUGGCGCGCUGGGUCUAAUCGCAUGCUGUCGGCCGGGUGAUUUACACGCCGAGCGUCACUAUAAAUCCGGCCGACAAGUUAUGAAUGCCGCCGCGAGGUACUCUUCUUCGUCGUCGUCCGUCCUUACAGGCAUCCUUCAAUCUUCAAAGGGCCAAAGCAGCAAAACAUUCUCUCUCUUUCGUGCCCUUCUCUUCUAUAUACCAUUCUUCUUUCUUUUUUCUUUUUUUCUUUCGACUUACACUCUCUCUCUCUCUCUCUCUCUCUCUCUCUCUCUGCUUCACUCUAUCUAUCCCUUUAUUUUUUUUUCUUUCUCUCUCCCGCACCGAAAGGCGAACGAGAAGCGCGAGGAGUACAGGGGAAGGUGAAAUUAAUCAUAAAUUUUCCGAGGCAAAUAAA